CCCGCCCAAUCUGGCAACCCUGGCUGAACUGGUACAGACAGGGUUGCAAGAUUGGGUGGAAAAUCUGGCCCAAUCUGGCAACACCGCCGGGCUCCUCGACGCUGCUGCUCGGGGACCACAACACGGAGCGCAGCCGACGGAACGAGAGCGACAAGCCGGGUAUGAACUCCGCGACAAUCCGCUCCAAUCCUUCGUCCCCUAUGAACCUGUCUGACUGACAACCACCGGAACAUUAUCUCCACCCAUCAAGCUUUCUGAUAAACCUAAUAUCGGCUCCCCCUCGUCACCAUGGAGCUUCGAGUCGGGAACAAGUACCGCCUCGGGCGCAAGAUCGGGAGCGGCUCCUUCGGAGACAUCUACCUCGGGGCCAACAUCGCCACCGGGGAGGAGGUGGCCAUCAAGCUUGAGUGUGUGAAGACCAAGCAUCCACAGCUGCACAUCGAGAGCAAGUUCUACAAGAUGAUGCAGGGAGGAGUUGGCAUCCCGUCCAUAAAGUGGUGCGGGGCGGAGGGCGACUACAACGUGAUGGUGAUGGAGCUUCUAGGGCCCAGCCUGGAGGACCUCUUCAACUUCUGCUCCCGCAAGUUCAGCCUGAAGACAGUGCUGCUGCUGGCAGACCAGAUGAUCAGCCGCAUCGAGUACAUCCACUCCAAGAACUUCAUCCACCGCGACGUGAAGCCCGACAACUUCCUGAUGGGUCUCGGCAAGAAGGGCAACCUGGUGUACAUCAUCGACUUCGGCCUGGCCAAGAAGUACCGGGACGCCCGCACGCACCAGCACAUCCCCUACCGCGAGAACAAGAACCUGACGGGCACGGCGCGCUACGCCUCCAUCAACACCCACCUGGGCAUCGAGCAGUCCCGGCGUGACGACCUGGAGUCCCUGGGCUACGUCCUCAUGUACUUCAACCUGGGCUCGCUGCCCUGGCAGGGCCUCAAGGCUGCCACCAAGAGGCAGAAAUACGAGCGCAUCAGCGAGAAGAAGAUGUCCACGCCCAUCGAGGUCCUCUGUAAAGGAUACCCAUCCGAGUUCUCCACCUACCUGAACUUCUGCCGCUCACUGCGCUUCGACGACAAACCCGACUACUCGUACCUGCGCCAGCUCUUCAGGAACCUGUUCCACCGCCAGGGCUUCUCCUACGACUACGUCUUCGACUGGAACAUGCUCAAAUUCGGUGCCAGCCGGACCGCCGAGGACGGUGAGCGGGAGCGCAGGACGGCGGAGGAGCGGGACGACCGGGGGGCCCCGCCACGGGGGUCCGCCACCCGGGUCCUCCCCCCGGGGCCCAACCCUCCCCCCGCCAACAGAGUCCGGCACGCCGCCGAGCAGGCCCUGUCGAACCCGGCCUCGCGCGUCCUCCCAUCAGGCAACACGUCGCCGCGGGCCAUCUCGCGCGCGGAGCGGGAGAGGAAGGUGAGCAUGAGGCUCCACCGAGGGGCGCCCGCCAACCUGUCCUCCUCGGACCUCACGGCGCGCCACGACCCCUCCCGCAUCUCCACGUCACAGGUCAGCAUGCCGUACGAGCACAUGGGGAAGUGACGACCUCCGACCCCCUCGCGUUGUAAAUGAAACCUUAACAGGU